CAAAGGCAAAUGCAUUGACAUUCCUCUUUCUUCUUCAUCUUCGAAGAAGAGAGCCAAUUUCGUGGAAUGUUUCAAAGCGACCAGGCCAGAUUGUUCGAGCUGCACGAGCAUUCAUGGUUCUGAGGAGUUGUUGCCAUCAAGAACGGCAUUUCCACUUCCUGCCAUCGAAACCCUCCCAACAUCGAAUAACCACAGCAAGAAAAUCAAGAAAAUGCGCAACUCUUCCCCAAGAAACGAUGUUCCAGAGUCCAGCAGCGCCGGGUCAUCCUCCCCGCCAGAAUCAUCUGACCAAAACAACCGUGCUCCGAUGAAGAACACCUUUUACGGCUGUAACCUCCUCCCGAGCAAAGCUGUUGAAGGCGUGGGGAGGGCCCCGAAUAUUCACCACGAGGUCGAACGCGACCAGGUUGAGAUCCGGGAUGAAGAUCCACUCCCUCGGUCCGACUCUCACGACCACCCGACCCUCUAUAAGGUCAUCGAUGAGUUCGAUCUAGGGACGGAGAAGCUGCCGGUCAGGGACCGCAUAGCCUUUGAUAACAUGUUCUGUCACUGGCCUGUGUCCAUCGUGCAAAACAUACAAGCAGGCCACAGGCACUACGUGACGAUACGCGACGACACAGAAUGCAAUCACGGUGGCAGGGGUGGCAACAACAAUUGCGCCAAUCAGCCUUUGUAUUUCCGCGGCUUGAAUGUAUACUUCGCUAGGUGUCACAAGACCGGCCAUUACUUUAUGAAUUUGAGCGAUGUGUUCCUGGCGAGACAAAUCAAGGUCGGCGAUAUCAUUCUAUUCAGGUGGGACACUCAGAAUGGAUGCUUCAUUAUGGAGGUUGUGCGCGUCGGGACCUAACAAAGCACAUUGCAUGCAUGGAUGUGCAAAUCUUUUGUAAAAAAGAAACCAAAAUGUUAUGAAUUGAGAUUUACAGAUAUAGGGGAGAGAUUUACGGAGGUGAUUGGAUUUCUUUCCUUUUCUUUUCUCUUUUAAAUAUUUCUCUUCUGGAUGAUGAGAAGCGUCACGCAUUGUGUAGGGUGAGUUAAUGUGACAUAUGAGUUUGGUACAACGCCUGUAUUGAAGUACUUUUGUGUUGAAGUU